AUGAUGUUGACUCUUCUCAGUGCAUCGUUGUUGUCAGGUCUUGUGGCCGCGGCGCCACACCGGCGAGCUGAUAAUGGAGUUGCGAAGACACCACCAAUGGGGUGGAAUACUUAUAACCAUUACUCCUGCUCUCCCAAUGAGACAAUUGUGCACUCCAAUGCACAGGCUCUUGUAGAUCUUGGUCUAGCGGAUCUGGGAUACACAUAUGUUACGACGGAUUGUGGAUGGACAGUCGCCGACCGAUUGGCUAACGGGUCGUUGACCUGGAAUGCAACUCUGUUCCCGAGUGGAUUCCCGGCACUUGGUGAGUAUCUACAUAACCUAGGCCUUCUGUUUGGGGUUUAUGAGGAUGCCGGGAUAAAGACCUGUAGUGAGGGACAGGAUCAGGCGGGAAGUUUAGAUGACAACUGCUACUCUGACGCAUCGGAAGACUAUCCCAAUACAAAUUACAGCCCAACUGAAUCACCUCGUUUUCGCUAUGCAAAUAUGACGAAAGCGCUGGAUGCCCAGUCCCGCUCAAUGUUAUUUCAGAUCUGUGAAUGGGGCAUCGACUUCCCGGCGCUUUGGGCUCCGGCACUAGGAAAUACCUGGAGAAUCGGCAACGAUAUAAUCCCAGCUUGGCGGACGAUCUUCCGCAUUCUCAACCAGGCUGUGCCUAGCCAGCCGUUCGCUGCAUCGGGUCAAUGGCCUGAUCUCGACAUGUUGGAGGUGGGGAACAACAUAUUCACGACCGCCGAGGAACAGACGCAUUUCUCGUUGUGGGCUAUCCUUAAGAGUCCGCUUGUUAUUGGCGGUGCCCUGAAGGAUGAGUAUACCUCCAUGGCGCAGAGUUCGUUGGAGAUUCUUCUGAAUGAGGAUGUUGUCGGGUUUAAUCAGGAUGAUCUUGGCAUUGCUGCUAGUUUGAAGAGGAGGUGGAGUGAUGAUGGGUAUGAGGUUUGGAGUGGGUUGCUUUCUGGUGAGAGAACUGUUGCAGCAAUUAUUAAUUGGUUUGAUGAGGAGAGGACUUUGACUUUGAAUCUUCCCGAUGUUGGAUUGCAAUCUGCAUCUGUGAAGGAUAUCUGGGGUGGAACUUUCACUAGUGAUGUGAAGACUUCUUACUCGAGCUCUGUAGCUGCACAUGGUGUUAUGCUACUUGAGCUUUCGGACACCACUGCAGCUGGGACUUAUUCUACGAGUCUUUUCGGAACAAGAAAAAGCACAAUUACAACCUUUGAGUCUGUGUACGCCAAUACGACAAGUUCAAGCUACACCGUGUCCAUCGUGUUCUCCAGCGCCUCGUCAAAAGCCACAACCAUCUGGCUCAGCAGCUCAACCAACACAACGUCCAAAAUAAUCACAGUCCCAGCCAAAACUAAAACCAUCACAUCAACCAUCGCCCUAACAGCUGGCUCCACAAACACCAUAAGCAUCGUAUCAGCAACAACGAUCGACUCCAUAACAAUCAUCUCCCCAGCAGGAACAUACUACGCAGGAAACACCUCGUUCACCCUAGCCGGAUCCGCCGCAAUUGAACAAUGCGGCACCUCCGGCUGCGCCCCAGUAGGCUACAAAAUCGGCUGGCUAAACUCUGUCAACACAGCAACAGCCAACAUCCCCGCAACAGUUUCCAGCUCCAGUGGGACGGAAUCAAAGUAUGUCGAGAUUGAUUAUAUCAACAAUGAUGUCGCGUUCUCGACGAGCUGGGGGUGGGGUUCGAAUUCGAGGAAUAUUACUUUGUCGGUUAACGGGGGCGAGGCUGUUCGGCUUGAGGUUCCGCUUUCUGGGAAACACAGUGAGCUUUAUAGUGAGGGCUUGGGUUGGUGGGAUACCGCUACUCUGGGGAUCUUGGUGGAUGGGUGGAAGGAUGGUAAUAAUACGGUUGUUGUUGGUAAUGCUGCUGAUACGGAUGUUUCGCAGACUUAUGGGGCGGAUUUCGUUGGACUUCGAUUCUUUGAUUAG